UAUAAUCUUUUGUUUAGUAUUUUUCGAAUUUCAAGUGCUUUGUAUUGUUGUUGGAUUUAAAAUAAUUUUGUUCACUUUGUUGCUUAUAUUAACAUUUUCUAAAUGUGAUAACUUAUUGUCAAACAAAAACCAAUUAGGGCCUAGGCUAAAUCAUCCUUGAGCGAAACCUCUUUUGAAAAUUUAUUUAUUUUAUUAAUAUUGUAUUCUAAGGAAGAACAUUUAUUUUAGCACUGAUAACCAAGUUUUCCCUAACCUGUAACCUGUGCUAAAAUUAUUAGAAGGUCCAACAACCCUUUGUAGGCCUAACCUAGUUUGGGUUUAACUUGUAAAAUGGACCCCAGGAAAAAAAGUACAGCUGUGUCUUAUCACUUGGGAGAAAGCAAUUUUCUGAGUUCAUUUUCACAACUUAAAGCAAGUCAAUCUUUCGAACCAACUCCUAAAAAGCCUAAACUAGAAAUAACAAAAAAUGCGAAGACACCAAAAUUUGGAACCCUUUCACAAUCUGUCAACCAGAAGGAGACUAUUGACGACAUGUUAUGGGGAGAAUUGGAUUGUGACGAACUAAACUUAGCUCAACUUGAAUAUGAUGAAACAAUUGCUUUGUCCCAGAUGCCAAUUAAAUCACAGAAUAGCAUCAAUAACAUUCAAGAAGCCAAAAAAUAUUCAACAAAUUUAAAAAAUAAUGCCAAAGUUCCCAUUCGAAGAUUCAACAGCAGCCAGUGGCCAACGUCAUCAUCUUCUUUCUCUGACAAGAACUCUGCGGUUAACAAAGCCUCUGGUAACACUGCUGCGACUCUUCAGAGCGAGUGUGACAAGCUAAAACUAGAAGUUAUGAAAAUGAAAGAAGAAUAUAAUAAGAAAGCUGGAGAGGCAACACUCCUCAGGAUGAAGAUGAAGGAUGCUGAAAAACAACAUGAAAAAAUAACACAGGUCCAUCUGAGUAAGAGAGCUGAAAUGAAAAUAGAAUCAGAAAAACGCAUCAGUAGUCUUCAGAAGGAGAUUCAAUCAUUGAAGGGACAGAUUGAUGUGAAGAAUAUGGAACUAAAAACAGCUGAAAGAAGAUCACAGAUGACUUCAGUUCAUAGAAUUCAACCAGAUUCUCCAAACAGGCUUGGUGCUUUAAGGCCAGGUAAGGAUGGUACAGAGGAGUGGGACAGCAGCAACGUGAUAAAAGACCCAAGUCUCAAGUUCAUCAGAGACUUUGUUACGUCGGAGCUGCUAAACCCAUCACCAGCCGAGGCCUCCGAGACCACACGCUCCUACAUACCUCGACUGUUCAUAGGCGAGGGAAGCAGUACAAGUAGUGGUAGAUGUACCACGGUCAGAAGAGAGCUGUCCAUCUCUAACACUUGCAUCACUCAAUGUGCAGCCAUGUUGUUGUCUCCCGAUCUAGUGGACGUCACUAGUGAUUCUAGCCAGGAAGUGUUAUCACAAGUAGUGAAUGUGUGCCACAAGAUUCUCGUGGAGUUUCUGAAGCAACUGGAAUCCACGACAUGUUCCAACAAUCAGUUUACUAAAAGAGAACGAGAACUGAUUCUGUCAGGUUUUCGACAAUUAUCUCUGGACAAGGAGUAUGAUGACAUCAUUUCUCACAGAGAGUUGUACAAUGAUGAGAGAGGGAUCACGGCAAGAAGAGCUUUGGGCCUGAUAUCAAUACUUGUAGAGGUGUCACAAACCACAGCUCAGAAAAUAAUUUCAAGUAGCUCGAAGGAAUCUGGUGACAUUUUGGAUACUGUGAAAAAUAUUGUCCGACAAAUUGAAAAACAGAGGAAAACCCUCAGGUUCCAAGGAGUGCUGGCAGGAUCUGUCUCUCUGAUACUGAGUCUGCUCAAUUCUAACCAGGCUAUCUCCAAGGAAACCCAAACACUGAUAGUGGAUGUGCUACGAUGGGCUGUUUUGGCGAGACCUGGAUGCCUAGUGAUCCACAAGAUUCUCCAAGUAUUGGUUGCAGCGGUCAGGUUUCCACACAUCAUUGACUCUUUGUGCCAUAACUCGGCUGAGAAGACUUUCAAUUUCAAGGAAAAGUCGAGUCAUAUUCAGUUCACACCAGACUCUUGUAUACUCCAAGUGUUGUGCAGUCUGCUGAGGGCUGUAGUCACCCCAAGGAAGCACCAGCUGACAGAUGUGUGGACUGUGUGGGUGUUGUCGCUGUUCUGUAGCGGUCAGUCUCGUCCAGCAUGGCUCACAGUCAAGCCCACAGCCAAGUCUUGUCAGUGUCACUCUCUUGUGUGUGAACUAAGCUUACAUCUACUUAGUGACACCUGCUACGCUUACCCUUCAGCGAGUAAAGCAGACCAAUCUGUAAUGGAGAAGGUGUUCGACCGAGGUGUGCUCCUGGUGAGCGCCUUAAUGAAUCUAGACGAACACUUUCUAGCCAUCGUCGACUUUCACAGCCUCGGCUGCUACGAAUACUUUCUGCACUUCAUGAGCGAAUCAAAGUUUAGCUUGAACAGCACAACACGAGAUACUCUGGAAGUUCUAUGCAGCCAAGAAGAAGUGCUGAAACAACCUGGACAUUCACCAACAAAAGAGGACCAAAAUACUAGGUUAAAACAAUCUCUCCGCUGCUUUAUACAAGGAGAUAGUGAAAAACCAUGUUCAGUUGUUUUAGAUGAAAUUGAUGAUCUGUAAAUAUUAAUGUUGGUUAAUUUAAAAUAGUUGGCGAUCGCAUCAGUAUACGAAGUAGACUAUUAUGACUAGAGAGCAAGAGAGGUCAAUGGGCCAAACCUUUUUACUUUGGGUCGGGUAGAAAAUUAUUUCCUGCACAAACUAAUUGUCUCUAGCCAAAUAUCGGUACCCACAGAUCCCUAAUUAUGACUAUAUGGCUAAAGCAGGAUGGUUCUUGGAUUACAUUUGACAGAAUGCUUAUUAAACAUGGAACUAACUAAAUGGAAUGCUGUCCUAACCAUGAGUUUCAUUUAACCGAUGAAGGUAAACUUCAUUACUAUCACCUCUUAGAUUAUCCUAAUCACGGAUAGACCAAUUUAGUUUAAUAAUAUGUACUUUGAAAUGAUACUUAAACUUAUGUUCCAAAUAUCUGUAAUAUCACUAGGGUUAAAAUACUUGUUAGCUGUAACCGUUAACGAUGAAAAAAAAAUGCUUCCUAGUUAAGUUCAUUUGAUUGUGACAAUCUGUAAAAAACUAAGAACUAUAAAAUUGUAUAUUUUGCAAGAGUUUUGUGUUUUAACUUUUUAAUUUGAUUGUUUAAUAUAUUUUUUAUUAAUAUUUGAUGUCGUACAUCUAAAACUUAUUGAGGCUUAAAAUCACUUUAACGCAGAAUUAUAUUUAUGUAUUUAUGAUGCGAGAUGCAAUGUAUGUUUUAGUUAUGAGAGGAUGGUUACUUAUAUGAAAUGUUGCAUGGCAACAUAUUUGUAUAAUUUAUAACUUGUUAUAUCAGCCAUUUAGGGUAGUGAUGGACAAGGCUAGAUUUUUUCACUUCGAGACGAGACAAGAUUUUUUUAAUUCCUGCGGGACGAGAUUUAACGAAAAGUUAUAAAAAAAUUACUAUCUACUUUUUAAGUUCAGAAAUAUUUACAAAUUUUAAAAACUUGGCAAAAAAUAUACAAAAAUAUUUAAAAUCUUUAUUAAAAAACAUUAAUAAAAACAUCAGUAUAUAAAAAAAUAUAUUAAUAAGGCCUAACUUAUUAAAAUAACUCUUCGGCAUAGGAAGCAUGGAGAUAUCAGUUGGUAUACAAUAUAAUUCAACUUUGAAAAAUAUCAAAAACAACAGUAUUCCUUCUUACUAGUUAAGUAUCAAGUAACAAUUUUUAAGUCUUGUGGUAUUUUUAUAAUGAUUUUGGAGUGACUUAUUUUGACUAUGUUAACAGUAAAACAUGUCUCACACUGCUUACACUAACAAAACGUUUCAUCAUUUGCUAUGCAAAAAAAAUUAUAAAACAAUAGAAGCAAUAUUUCCAUGUAAAGAAUAAAUAAUUAAACAUAAACGCCUUCGCAUAAUUUUUUUAAAUUUAAAAUUUCAGCUUGCAAUUAUGUUUUGCAAAAAUACUUC